GAUUUUAAUUAGAAUUAAGUUGGUAACGCUGUAAAAAUCUUUCUUAAGGUUUUCGAUAAAAAAAAUCAGAAAGUCACGCUGAAAAUAUUCUUUAUCAUAAAAUAAAUAUAUUAAAAUUAAUUAGACGUUGAUACAAAAAAAAACAAAAUGGCAGAGGAUUUCGAUGUGGAAGCCAUGCUGGAAGCACCAUACAUUAAAAGUAAUUCUACUAUUGGCAGUAGCAGCACCAGUGGUGGUGGACACGUCCACGAUGACGCAUCUCAUAAAUAUGGAAAAUCUGAAAGACGGAACAUAGUAUCGGAAUCUAAUGGCCGGAGAUAUAGAUCCAGAAGUCGAUCAGGAUCACGAGGGGAAGAUGAAAGGAAAAAUACCAAGUCCUCAAAUUCGGAACGAGACAAAGGCGGCAGAAUAAAAGAUGGCAAUCGGCCAAAAGAUCGUGAGCGUGAGCGGGAAAAAGACCGUAAGAGAUCAUCACGUGAUAGAGACCGUGAUCGUGAACACCGUACGAGAGAUCACCGUAUAAGGAGUCGCUCACGUGAAAAUCACCGCAGUAAAUCGAGAGAACGUAAGAGAAGUAAUUCCCGAUCUGUUCGCAAAAGCAGCCGUACACGUGAUUUCAGGCGUAGUCGUUCUAAAGAACGCCGUUCUAGAGAUUGUCUAAGUCCCAUAAAAGAGCGAGGCACCAGUCGAUCAUUCAGACAAUCGCGUUCCAGUGAGAGAAGCAAGCGACGUCCUAGUGGAUCUCCAAGGCCUUUUAGACGUGGCAGAACUCCACCAAAUGGAUUGGGCCCCGAUCGUUCCCCUCAAACUGAACUUAGUCCGGAGGAACGCGAUGCACGUACCGUGUUUUGUAUGCAACUUUCACAGCGUGUUCGCGCUCGUGAUCUUGAAGAGUUCUUUUCUAGUGUUGGAAAAGUACGAGACGUUCGUUUAAUAACAUGCAAUAAAACUAAGCGUUUUAAGGGAAUUGCGUAUAUAGAAUUCCAAGAUCCGGAAUCAGUGGCUCUCGCAUUAGGUCUGUCAGGACAGAGGCUACUUGGAAUACCGAUUGUCGUUCAACAUACUCAGGCUGAAAAGAAUAGGAUUGGAAAUACGGUGCCGACGUUUUCUCCGAAAAAUCACAUUGGUCCGAUGAGACUUUAUGUUGGAUCUUUACAUUUUAAUAUAACUGAAGAUAUGUUGCGAGGUAUAUUUGAACCAUUUGGAAAGAUUGACUCUAUUCAACUAAUAAUGGAUAGUGAGACUGGACGUUCGAAGGGUUAUGGAUUUAUAACGUAUCACAAUGCCGAAGAUGCCAAAAAAGCAUUAGAACAGUUAAAUGGAUUCGAAUUAGCAGGUCGUGCAAUGAAAGUUGGUAACGUUACGGAGAGAUUAGACAUGAACACAACAUCACUUGAUACUGAUGAAAUGGAUCGAAGUGGCAUUGAUUUAGGGGCCACAGGUCGUCUACAAUUAAUGUUUAAAUUAGCAGAAGGCGCAGGCUUGGCAGUGCCACAAGCAGCUGCUAAUGCUUUACUUGCAACGGCUCCGCAGCCAGCACCUGUACAAACCCAAGCACAAAAUCCACCCAUUGCUACGCAAUGCUUUAUGUUAUCAAACAUGUUUGACCCACGUACAGAAACAAAUCCAACCUGGGAUCAGGAGAUACGCGAUGAUGUUAUUGAUGAAUGCUCUAAACAUGGUGGUCUGCUGCAUAUAUUCGUAGAUAAAGUUUCACCGUCUGGUAAUGUUUAUGUCAAAUGUCCAAGCAUUACAACAGCUGUUUUAGCUGUAAAUGCCUUGCACGGAAGGUGGUUUGCGGGACGUGUAAUUGCUGCAGCCUAUGUCCCACUUCUAAACUACCACUCUAUGUUUCCAGAUGCAAUUACUGCAGUUAAUGUCCUCAAUUCUAAUAGAAAGGCAAAUGAAUAAAUAAAUACAACAAAUGAAACAAUGAAAUACACCCUAUAUAACUCCCAUAUAUUCUUUAUCAUUUGGUACUGGGCAUUCAUUAAACAUGUUCCCAUUCCUGCUUCUUUUUUUUAUUAAAUUAAGAAUUCUUUAUAUUAUCGUGAACAUCAAAGACAUGACUUUUUGUUUUAUAAUGUUAUUUUCGAUAUAUUCUAAAAAUAUAUGUAAUAUUUCAAAUAACAAUAAAAUAAA